AUGAAGAACUUGAAGAUUUUAAGAUGUUGUAACCUCAUUGGUUUUCGAAAUCAACACCUUUUUGCUAUAGCUGUUGCUUUACCAUUGCUUGAAGAGCUCGAUAUCCAAUCUGAAUGCUAUAUCCAAUCCGAAUACAAUUAUAAUCUAUGGGCUGCAGAAUUUAAAAGUGCAAAGUACAUGGUAACGGACGCUGGGAUUGAGGUAUUAUCGCGCAAGCUUCGAGGGUUGCGUAAAAUUAAUAUGAAUAGGCUGGUUGGUUGUUCUGAUCGAUCUCUCAUUGCUUUGUCAUCAAAUUGUCAACUUUUGAAUGAAAUUCGAUGUUCUUUCUGCAAAGUAACCGAACAUGGAAUUUGUUUUGUACUACGCCAUAGUCGAAAUUUGGUUUGUCUCAAAACAAGACUCUAUUGCAGUUCACCAGAUGAUUCGUUCACUUUUGAGAAUUCCAUGAUUUAUGCAACAUCUUUACGCGAUCUCGACUUAGUAGCAUCCGAAGAUAAUGACAGACUAAUUUGUUCAAUUGCAACAACAGGCAUUCCAUUAGAGAAGUUCAUAUUGCACGAUGAUUCUGGUUUGAGCUUACAUGGACUCGUGACUUUCUUAGGUGCAUGUCCGUCUUUGACACACUUAGAACUGUGUGCUAUACAAUUCCUCAACGACAAUUCCAUGAGGGAUUUAUGCCAAUAUCUUCCUAAUCUUAUCUCCAUAACGAUUUAUGCGUGUCCAAAGUAA